GUUUUUAAAGUUCGUUUGCUCCAGCCAAUGACAUUCAACGAAUUCUGAAGCGCGAAGAGUUUAAGGCAGAGAAGAGAACGAUGGCUAACGGAAACUCGAAAGUUUAACAAAACAAUGCUUUCAAAAUGCUGUUUUUAUAUAUUUUUAACCGUUUAGUUUAGAUAGACGUAGUUCAUUACAAACUGUUUUGGGUUGUUUUAGCUCAACAGCGACAGGAAUCAUGACUCGUGUUGAGAAAAAUAACGUACGUGUGAGUUAGUUCGCAACAGCUGCUCGUGAGAUGUUGCUUGUUUAGUGUUCAAAUGAGUUUAUUGACAUUUUAAAAUACUUGACGUCAGGUUUCGUCUAUGUUUUAAUUCUGAACGCCUAUACGUGUAAUAUUUGAUCGCUGGAUGCGAUAAUAUUGUACAUGACUGCUUUUUAAGUGCAGUAAUGGCCUCUCAGAAUGUUGUUUUUGCUAUCGAUGUGGAUUAUCGACCAGAGGAGAACAACAGCACGACUAGUGCCUAUCAAAACCAUCUCAAGCACUGGAUACUAAGAGUCCUGCUCAGUUUGGGACACAAAUAUGGACUGGAAAAAGUGCGAUGGGGGUAUAAAUUCUUCCAUUCAAGGACUGUGAAAAGUGCAACACUUAUAAACAGAGGAUCUGAUUUCAAGGAACUCCAGGAGAAGGUGUUCAGUGAUUUCGAAGAGGAGCUGCUUGUCAAAUUCAGCGGCGUAGAAGGAAAAUCACCCAGAAGUCGGACAAAGUCACAUAAACUGAAACCCAGCCCGGCUAGUUGUGUCCAAAAUGCCUUAAAAGAAAUCCUCUUAGACUUCCAGUGGGACAGACCUGAUCUCACAUCUCCCACCAAGGUGACACUGAGACCAAGAAGGUCCAGUCGAAGUGGCAGAAAUAUCCCUCUGCAGGACUAUGACAUGUUAAACCUUGACAGAAAUGUCCUUUUUGUCGUGUCUGAAUGUCCACGGUCCAAAGCAGAGUUGGAAGACUACCUGUCCAUCCGUAGAGAUGACAGUAGACAUCAUAGAGACAUACAUGAGCAGGUGCUGCCCAAAGGUCUUGUAGAUAUGCUUACGCAACGCAAAGUUGUGCUUCAUUGGGCUGAUUCGGGUAUAUUGAAGGCUCAUCAUGUGGUGGAGGACUGCACUGGUGCAGACACAUUGGCAGAGCUUCUCGGACAGGUUGGUGGACGGGUGGUGCCCAUGCUAUCUCCUGGUUUGCCACCGAUGGACCAGCAUCCUGGUGUAAACCAAUCACUGGCUUUGGGACUAGAUGCCUUUCCUGUAGAUUUCAUCAAUGGCUACCUUCAGCUGUCUGAAAGAAUGCACCAACAAGUGUUUCCUCCUUCGAGUGGAUCGCUUACCUGGAUGGCAGAUGGGAACAGGCGUUCCUGUAAUGUGACACUGGAGCCAGUGUCGUGCAGGCAGAGGUUUCUGCGUGUUCCUGUGGAGGUGAUUGUCAGAGGUGUCCUGCAGGAUUUCGACACCAUCUCCCUCUCACGUCCAGCCUCAGAGAGCUGGAUACUGCAGUGCCCAGAUGCUGAACUGGGUCAGGAGGUGUUUCAGCACUUAAAGGAGCUGUCCACUGGAGGAUCCGCCAUGCUAGCAGAAGUGAGUGAAGGAGGUGUGUUGUGUUCAGCGGUGCUGUCGGUGCUCUCCUCCUGCACUGCUCAGCUCACUGUCCUUCAGCCUCUGGUUACUCAGGAAGACCAGCUCCUGCCCGCAGACCUCGUUUCCUUGGACACUACAGACAUUUCCAGUGACUUGCCUGAUGUUGUCAGCAGUGUUCUCAAUGUCAUGUAUGACAUCAUGGAGGAUGAGGAUUGCUCAGAUCAAGUGAAAAUGCCGUUGGUUCCUGACUGGGCCGAUCAAGAACUUAGGCAAGGGUCUUGUUCAAGGAGAAAUGAGGUGGUAGAGGGGUGGUUUCCUCUGUCUGACCAAUCAGGAAUCAGCUGCCACUUAAUGGAAUCAAUGAGACUCCUGCAUGCAGCUCCAGAGGAAGAGGAGCAGGGAGAGGAGUACUCAGAUACUCAGCAGGAGAUCACCAGCAGUCUCUCAGAGCUUUAUCAGAGCAACACAGCUGGAUCCAGUGGCAACCUGAGGUCCAAAAAAAGAGGUACACAAUGCACACCAGUAAGACAGAAGAUGAAGACCAUGAGUCGCUCUCUACAGAUGCUGAAUUUUGCUCGCUUGAAUGUGAAAGCUCAAAAGACUCAGGCUGAUAGCAGCUCUGCUAGAUCUGCCAUAGGGGCUGAAAAAGGGGGCAAGAGAUGCUCUGGGGAUCGGACCAAGCCUGGCCUCAUGUACUUCAGCAGUGAGGAAGAGCUGAUCUCCCACCUGGGACUCACUUAUCAGAAAGCUGUGGAGAGCAGAUCCGUGUCUGUUUCCUCUCAGGUCCAGGAUUUGCUUUCAGUUGUAAAGGCAUAUAUCAAAACUAAUACUGACGUGGAGCAGGUUUCAUUCUUGGAUUUGGUGCAGAAGCAUCUAUUGAAAUCCUGUCAGUCUAUUCGUCAGCUUUAUGGAAAUUCUUUAGAUGAAGAAAGUAAAAUCAGGGAAUGCCAGCUGCAAGCAGUUCUCAGACUUGAGUUGUGCAGACAACCAGAACAACAAGAUGACGAGGAGGUUGUUGAACAAAGAGUGGAGGAUGUGGCUGAUAUGUUCCGGAUUAUCUCCCGGAGUAAAGAUGCUGUCUACUUAUCUAAGUUUAUGCAGGAUGAAGUUCUACUAGUGUACCUGAACAGCAUCCCUAAGGUCCUGGCAGAUGUGUACCACAGUUUAGGAACGCAGUUGCCCGAGGCGCUCGUUGCCGUCCUGCCUUCUGACUUCUUCAGUGAUGAGUCUUUGGCUAAGGACAGUGUGUCUGUGAGUUCCUCACCUUUCUCUGCCACACAGAGCAACGUAUCCAGUGUUGGAGAUCAUCUAGAGGAACUCCGCAAUCGCUCUGCUAAGAAGAGGAGACGGAACAUGAUCACACGCCACAAAAGCAUGACUGAGGCUCCUCAAGCACUUCGACAGAUAGAAAUGCCAAGAAAGUCCACACGCCUGGCAAAGCCAAAACUCUGUGUCCCAGCAGAAAAGCCUGCUGUGGAAGAACCACCACCACCACCACCAAAGCAAGCAGUUCAAGAGGUAACAAAGGUAAGAAGAAAUCUCUUCAACCAAGUGACCGUAUCGCCCUCAAAGUCGUCAAAAAUGCCACGAAGCCAGUCUGUGUCAGCGGUAGAGGGACUCAAGAAACGCAAGCAUUCAAAUAUGGAAGAUGAUGAACGGCACGCUCUUCUGACAAAGAAAGUAUCUGAGACACCACUGCAUAAGCAGGUGUCCAAUCGCUUACUUCACCGGCAAAGGACUGGCAGGAGAUCUGGAGAAUCUGAUGUGUGCAUUAUUGAGGAGUCUCCUGUCAAACCAGCUGCUGAUUUGAGGAGGAGCCCAAGAAUUAAGAGCCUUACCAGGAGACAUUCCAGCGUGUUCUAUUCAAGCUCUCAGCCACGUUCCCGAAACCUGGACCGUGCCAUCUCCUCUUCUCAACUCUGCCACUCUGAGGGCAAAGGUGGAUUCAAUGUUAGUUCUGUUAGGUCACCAGUUCGGCUUCUUUUUGGUGCUAUCCAGUCCCCUGGUCGUCUACGACACACUACAGCAUCCUCUUCAGAAGAUCAAGGCAGCUCUGCAGUUUUUGAGAGUCAAAAUAAAACUCCACAGAAGUUAAGAUCUGAUCCAGUAGGAUCUGCAGUUGGGUGCAGAACCCCACGGUCCCCAAGAACUCCAAGCCAGACAGCUGGGGAGAAUGGGAUGACUCUGCGAGGGAGCCCCUUUCGCUCGCCAGUUGCGAAAAGUUUAGGGGUAGAGACGCCUAAGAAAAGCCCACUAAAGGGGAUACUCAAGACUCCAAUGAAAAGCCUCUUGGAUUGUGUUUCUCCAAAUGGCGCUUGGCUGAGGAGCCCAAGCUGUAGAACGCCAAAAAAGAGUGUGACGUGGUCUCCAUCUCCACGGAAACACCUGUCAGAAAACCCAAUCAAUGUGCCAGAGUCUCCGAUGUUUACAAAAAGAUACUCACCAAGGCUAAUUACACCUGGCAAGAAUUGCAGCCCAGAGGAAAGAACUGUUUUCAAAACACCUGACAAGGUGCCCCAAAGGAAAUCCAAGGCAUCUCCUGGAAUGAUGCCUAGGACACUUGAACUUCCUGGAAAUCUUGAUCUAGAAACAUCUCAGUCCAUUACGAAAUCAGGAAAGAUGAGGAGAACACUGAGCUUACCUUGCAAGAUUACUGAAGAAUCUGGUCAAUUUGCCUCCGUUGACUCACAAGAGUCCGAUUCCGGGCCAGUUCGUUUCUGCAUUUCACCAUUGAAACCAAAUAUACAAACGCCAAUAAAAAGCCCCAGCCCAGCACACAGGAUGUGCACUCGCUCUGGUAGGACACCUGUUAAAGACUCUGUGUCAACUUCUAACAAGUUAAGAGCCAUUCCAAGUACUAGCCCUUCACCUCAUAAAGUUCUGACUGUGGUUGUAGCAAAAUUAAGUGCAUCACCAUCCCUUAGUCCUUCUAGAUCAGGUAUCAGCCAUCAAAGCAGUUCAUCCUUCAAUAAAGAGGGAAAAUAUCCACAGGAGGAUAAAGUAAUUGCCCAAAUUGAGACAAAUCAUGGAAAAACAGAAGAGGCGUCAUCUUCUGACUCCCAGCAGUUUGACUGCUCUGAAUUCAGCAUUACCACAGAUGAUGAAAGCAUCGAUAUAUCGGAGGCCUCAGUGGUGAAGACCCAGCUCAUAGGGGGCAUUAAGAUGAACAUCGCUUUCUCAAGAAAACCCUCUAGAUCUUCAGAGGUUUUUGAAUUUGAGGGCAAGCAAGCCACCCCGUCUGCAACAACAAGUCGAAGCUAUGGCUUCCGUCAAACUCCAGACCGGCGCCAACGAGAAGCGGAAGCACGUCUUGGAUAUCUCUCUGGAACACCAAAGAUUUCCACCCCAAGAACAAGGCGAACUCCUGCAUGUGGAAAGAAGUCCACUGCUCAACCACUUACUUAUGAAGUGGAGAUGGAAAUGCAGGCGUCAGGUCUGCCUAAACUAAAGUUAAAACGGACCGAUUCUUUCAAUGCAGGUGAUGCACCUAGUAGUGCCACCAAAGGCAUGGCCUCACAUCUUGUGCACCGUAACAUGUCAAAUGUGAAGGCGCCACAAGUUGACAGUCCUCUUGCUCAGUGUUCUAGACAUCCUGGCUGCAUAUCUCCAUCACUAUGCAGUCGAGGAACCCCUGCCAAAGGUACACCUGGAAAAGGUGUACAGACCUAUAUAUGUCAGUCGAUUACUCCCACACGGUAUCCGGCAAGUAGCCAAUCCCCUUUGGCAUCCCCACUGACUCCAUCUCCUCAAAGCAGAGGAUGGUCAACCCCAGAGAACCUCAAUAGUUGGCCUCGUAAGAAAAGGGCUCGAAUCGAGACUUGCGGGAGCAAAGAGCAGGUCAUCAAAGGUGUUCCUCUCCUAGAAAAGCCUGGGGUAUUGGAGGACCCAGAACUUGAAGGGGUUUUUCGUAUUCAAGGGGUGGAAGAACUCAAAGAGCCGCUGAACACCCCAAUUAGCCAAAGAAAACUUGGUUUGAGAUCAAGCCAAGUGAUGGACCAUCAGUGCUCACCAGAAGGCAUGGACUGGACCGAGACUGUGGUUCAAGAGUGUGAUGCUAGAGACUCUAUGAAGUCUGAACAGUUUGCAUGGAAGGGCGUAAAAGUGGACACCCCUAAAGUAAAGAAACCAGUGUCUGCCAGUGGAAUCUUCGCUCUCACUCAGUCACCUCUGUUAUACAAGAAAUCAGCUGUAAUCAAUGAAGCAUCACAAUUUAAUGGAUCAAAUGCUGAGUUGGACAUCUCCCCCCUUUGCCAGCCGAAAAGGCGAAGGACACAUAGUAGGACUUACAGCCGAAAGAAACUUCUGGACUAAGACUUGUUACAAAAAGUACUUUGUCUUAUCUCGCACUCUUUCUUUUAGAAAAUCACUUUAUAUAUAUAUAUAUAUAUAUAAAGUUUUAUUGUCUGUCUGUUUUAGCUGAACUUUAUUCUCAUUUGCUUGUAUAAUAAUGCAUUUCCCAAUAUUGUAUAUUUUGUACUCUGUAUUAUACAACUGUUACAUAUGACAUCAGUUAGGUACAGUAUAACUCACAGAAGUUUAAACUGGUCUGAACAUUUAUUGUGAAAAUAAGGUGGAAACAUUUCUUUCUUUUGCAUUUUUCAGUGUAAUUAAAUUAAGCUUUAAUUGCUUUUGUUUGUUAAAUUUGUUAGUGCUUUAUUUAUUUGUGCUAAUUGUACUGUGGAUUUUUUAAGUAGCAUGUUUUUGUUUUUUUUAACAGUUUGGCGGCUCGUUUGCAACAUCUUUAUCAUAAUGUGAAAUAAAUGUAAAUGUUAAACAGAUUAUUUUAAUAAAGACACUGUUGUUCUUAAACCUAUUCAUGUUGCUGUUUUCCCCAAAAGCUACUGGUUAACAACUGCAAAAUUAUAAAGUAGUUGAUGCCGAAACUAAAUUUUUUCAUGCCUGAUCAUGAGUUUCAUAAGUCUGUGAGCUCCAAAAAGGCUGGAAUGCACUACACAACUUUUGUAGACUUGAGACCAAAAAGUUUUUUUCUUUUUUGCGAUUUGGAAAAUCGCAAAAAAGUGGAUGUGGAGUGGAUGAUGCUAGUUGCUGAAAUUUCAGCCAGUUGGAGUUGACCGAUUUAACAGAAAAUCACGUAGUGUAUGAUGGGCACAGACUGAUUUUUUUUUUUUUGCUUCAGACUGUUUACAUCUGGUUGGAGGAUAUCGAACAUUGAGCCGAUUUUAGAACAUUGUUUUCAUUUUUUUUUUCCGCAUUUCCUAGCAACAAGGUGCGUUUCUUUGUGUUCGUAACAUCUAUAAGCUAUUGCACAAGCUCUAGAAGAAAAGGUUAUAUACAGAACCCUAGUGUUCUUGACUCAAUAUUAAAGAACCCUUUAUUCAAAAAGGUUCUAUAUAAGGAUAUAUAAUCAUGUUUAAUGGGUUAUUUCAGUUGUUUCUAGUGAUAAAGUAUGUUUACUUCGUAAAAUGUAAUUAAAAUAAAAAAAAUGAACUAAAACUAAAUCCAUGAAAUGAUUCCAUAAUGGAACCCCCUAAAAGGUUCUAUAUAUGAAGUGCCUGACAGAACCUUUUAAGAUUCUUUAGAACCUUUCCUUUUCAGAGUGUCAUGUGAUCCUCUAGUCUUUAGUCCAGGGGUUUUCAACCCUGGUCCUCGGGCCACUGUCCUGCAGAUUUUAGCUCCAACCUUGAACAAACUCACCUACCUGUAGCUUUUGACUUAUCCUGAACAGCUUAAUUAGCUUGUUCAGGUGUGUUUGAUUAGAGUUGGAGCUAAACUGCAGGACAGUGGCCCUCGAGGACCAGGGUUGAGAAAGCCUGCUUUAGUGUAUAAUGCCAUUUUUCUCUGUAACUGUUUAUAAAGUCAGCAACUUUCUAAUUUUAAAAAAAAUUAUGCACAUGGAUAUUUAUAACACUGCAAUAUUCCAUGAAAAGAAUUGUCAAUUUUGAGUUCAUGAUGACUUUAAAGCUGGUGACUUUCUAAGAAUCAGUUUUUCAUGUGCCAGUGUCACUCUGUGUAAACUGCACCAUCUAGUGGAUCUGUUUGUUGAUUUGCGUUUUCUUUGCCCUAUAAAAAUAUGCCUUGAGAUUUCUUGACAGUUAAACAUGUCAGAUAAGAUCUGACUUUCUGAUAAGUCAAACAGAAAGACAACCAAAAUGUAAACUAAGUGACUUACAAGAAAGACUGGUAGAACAACUUCAGCAUGAUCUUUCAAAUGACAUUCUUUUUAGAUGCUUUUCUAUAGCUUUUGCAGUUCUCAUCAGCAGUCACAAAUGCUCUCAAAAGCGAGAUGGACAAGGGUAACUUGUUAAUUUUGUUCAAAUCAAACUAAAGGUGUUUGGUUCAUCAUAGUGCUACAAGAAUCAUAAAUCUCUUGCCACGUACAAUCAAUAUAUAUAUAAUAUAUAUAUAUAUAUAUAUAUAUAUUUUUUUUUAAAAGGUUUAAGAAGAAACCAGCACGAUUGUAGGUUUAGUGGGCCUUUUAUUUCACGAUCCUUCCAAACAUACAAAAAAAAAAAAAAAAGGUACAAAAAAGGAAAAAUUCACCAAAUCCCCCUCCCCCUUUUCCAUGAGAAAGAAAUAUGUAGAAUUGGUCUCAAAAGUGCAUCUCUCCAAGGUACAGUGUAGGGAAAACAA